GUUUCUUGUAGGAAUAUAACAAGAACCAUUUAUUCCCACUAUCAAACUGUUCUUUUAAUAUCCAGAAGCAAGUCUCAAGUAACAGAUGUUUCACCUAAUUUUCCAAGUUGAACCUGAACUUUAUAAUUUGCAUUGUUCAGCGGGAAGACGAUCUCUCCAAGGUCACGUUGCGUCGUAUUUUCACGUGGUGACUAUCUAUUUCCCUUUCUAGGCUUUGGAUAUUAAAAGAUGGUCAGGAAAUGCUUAAAAAACAAAAGUAAGCGCAUAACCUGUCACAAGCGAUACAAAAUUAUCAAGAAGGUAAAAGAGCAUCACCGCAAGUUACGUAAGGAAGCUAAAAAGAACUUAAACCGACAUCGAAAGGAUCCUGGUGUCCCUAACAUUCUACCCUUCAAAGAAAGUUUUCUGAAAGAUGUUGCCGAAGCAAAAAUGAAGCUAGAAGAAGCAAGACUUAAAAAUAUAGAGUAUUCUCAAACUUAUAAGUCUCUGAAACAUGAAGAUGUUUCUCACUCAACAGUUCAGCACGAUGUUAAAGACGUUAUAAACCAGUCUGACGUUAUAUUGGAAGUAUUGGAUGCACGUGAUCCAAUGGGCACGCGCUGUCCAGAGAUAGAAGAAACUGUCCUUAGGGAGAAUAAACGUUUGGUUUUGCUCAUCAAUAAGAUUGACCUUGUUCCGCGAUCCAAUCUCGAGGCUUGGGUAAAUUACCUACGCAAAACUCACACGGUCAUAACAUUCAAGGCAAAUACGCAACGCCAGAGUAACCAUCUUUCGUGUGGAAAACCAUAUCUUCUGAAAGAUGGAAAAAUGCCAAGUAAAGGGUUCGGAACUUCUGAAUUAUUGUCGUUGCUUGCAAACUACUCCCGUGAUCCAAGCUCCAGUCUGUCUAACACUAACACUCGUCUUAGUUUGACCGUUGGUGUCGUUGGCCUUCCGAAUACUGGCAAAAGCGCACUCAUAAAUACACUUAAAAGGCAAAAGGUGUGCGUCAGUGGUAAUGUUCCCGGUUUAACACGUCAGUCUCAGCGUGUACGGAUUGACAAGAACCUAUUUCUUCUCGAUACUCCGGGUACCUUGAUUUCAAAGUCAUCUGAUGCUUCAGAUCUUGUGUUAAAAAAUUGUAUAAAACCAGAAAUGCUCCCGGAUCCUGUUCCAGCUGUUGAAGCCAUAUUGCGUCGUUGUUCACAAGCGCAACUGGUUUCUAAGUAUAAGAUUGAAGAGUACAAUAAUGUUUCAGAGUUCCUAGUUAAGUUAGCACACCGUUUGGGUCGAAUGAAAAAGGGUGGUAUUCCAGACACCACCAUGGCAGCGCGUUCUGUAAUUAAUGAUUGGAUUAUUGGAAAAAUCACUUACUACACGGAGCCUCCGUAUACUGAUACUGUGGAAGAAAAUCUCGAUUUAUCUUUAAAAGACAAUGCAAUGGAUAUCUCUGAAUUUCCGACAAACUAAUAGAUGUAAAUGUUUGGGAGUGUAAAUAUAACAUUUAAUGUAUUUUGCUUUGACUGUUAAAGAUUGAUUUUCAAUCAUUGUUACAUGGUUGAUAAUCGUUGCAAUCCUGUGCAGAUGUAUUCGUUUCCACGUGGUCAAUUUUUUAAUUAUGUGCUUAAAUUAUUUUCCUUACUGGCUUCAUUUUAGGAGACCGUUGCUAACAUAUUAUAUAAGGUCAACUGGUGGAUAAUUCUUGUAUAUUUUAGUCGUGAUUUUCAUCCAACUGGGACUAGUUCAUGAUGCAAGUUACCUUCGAAAAUCAUCCCUUAUUUGUAUUUAGUAGUGUGUAUUAUAAAUGAGAAGCAUGUGCGACUAUUCAAUUCUGUAGAUGCAUAAGUUUGUUAAAACUGAGAAACAUGCAACAAAUGUUGGAUACUAUGUAUAGGUGCCGACCUAAUUUUCACUUUGAUUCUGUAGACUGCUACAGCUUGAAUCUGUUCAUCUUUGGGUUAGAUUCUACGUUUUAUUGAAUAAAGAAUGGAAGUCAUGGUAGUACUUCGAUGUAGUCGCGAGCUAUAGAAAUGGCUCUUGUUUUUUCAUUUGCAGCUGUAUGCGAAUGAUUGGUGUGAUUUUAGUGAUAGUAGCACCAGCAGAU